CAGAAUCUAAAAAAUUAAAAUCUAAAGUCGCAUACUAUUAUGACUCUGACGUCGGCAACUACUCUUAUGGCUUUGGACACCCUAUGAAACCCCAUAGAAUGAGAAUGGUACAUAACCUAGUACUCAAUUAUGGUUUAGAUAAGAAGAUGCAAAUACUGAAACCUCCUAGAGCUUCUCCUGAGGAGAUGACUAGAUUUCAUACAGACGAGUACAUCGAUUUCUUAAAGCACGUCACACCAGAGACAGCUGCAGAUCUAACGAGAAACCACGAAAUUUUCCUCUCAGGAGAAGAUUGCCCAUCAUUCGAAGGACUUUUCGAAUUCUGCUCCAUCUCUGCAGGUGGAAGUAUAGCAGCAGCAAACAGACUAACUUCAGGUGAAUCUGACAUAUCUGUUAAUUGGGCCGGCGGUUUGCAUCACGCUAAAAAGAGAGAAGCAUCCGGUUUCUGUUACGUCAAUGAUAUCGUACUCGCCAUUAUCGAACUUUUGAGGUACCAUCAAAGGGUUCUUUAUAUUGAUAUCGAUAUUCAUCAUGGCGAUGGCGUUGAAGAGGCUUUCUAUACUACCGACAGGGUACUCACUUGUUCUUUCCACAAAUACCCAGAUUAUUUUCCUGGUACGGGUAGUACGGAUGACACUGGAAUGUUUAAAGGCAAAUCUUACUCUGUUAACUUCCCCUUGAGGGAUGGUAUCGAUGAUGAGAGUUAUCACUCUGUUUUCAGACCUACAAUACAACACAUUAUGGAAUGGUAUAGACCGGGCGCUGUUGUUUUACAAUGCGGCGCCGACAGUUUAGCUGGUGACAAACUUGGUGUUUUUAAUCUCUCCAUGAAAGGUCACGCAGACUGUGUCAAAUUCGUUAAAGCUUUCAACUUACCGAUGAUUGUCUUGGGUGGUGGUGGAUACGCAGUGCGAAACGUUUCACGUACAUGGACUUACGAAACUGGAUUGCUAGUUGAUAAACACCUCGAAGAAGACCUCCCAUUCAACGAUUAUCUUGAUUAUUAUGGCCCGCGUUAUAAGCUUGACGUACCUGAAACUAACAUGGAGAAUCACAACACGCCAGAGUAUCUUCAUGAUAUACAAACUAAGGUGUUUGAACACCUCAAAGAAUUACCUUUCGCACCAUCCGCACAGAUAAGAGAGGUACCAUCUGAUCCAUGGCCUUACAGUGAUCAAUCAGAUGAUGAACUCGACGAGAGGAUAUCAAAAGCUGCUAAUAAUAUUUAUGAUGAACCUGAAAUGGAAGAGGAUGACUAUCAAUCUACCUACAAAAAUCGUAGUAAUAGAAUAAAUGGUAGAAAUAGAACACAAAAUUUCUCUAAAAAGAAACGCAGGUUCUUCCAAAGUGCUCAAACUUCUAAUAAUUUCAAUAACUUCGGUUGUGGUCAUGAGCAUACGUCUAAACCACAAUUAGAUGAUUUCUUAAGACAGAUCGUCGGUUCAUCAGCAUCUACUAACACACUCAAUAAUCAACUCAAUGAGAGGAUAUCACCAGAGUAUAAUAUGUAAUUGUAAAAAAGAAAAAAGAAAAACAACCUUGUACUUUAUUCAUCGUUAGCUACAUUAUUCACCAGCGUCCCAAUUUGAUUGUUAGAGAAUAUUUCAACUUUAUCACCAUGCUUUAAGUAUGCAGGCGGAUUACGAGUGAAUCCGACACCCAUUGGUGUACCUGUCCAUAUUAAUGAUCCUGGUAGAAGUGUAGUUCCUUGUGAUAAGAAGGCGAUUGUCUCAGCUAAAGAGAAUAUUUGCUUUAAAGUUGAACUGUUUUGCAUAAUGGUUCCGUUGAGCUUUGUGCCGAUUGGGAUAUUUUGAGGAUCAGUAAUCUCGUCUGCACUAACAAGUGCGGGUCCCCAUGGUGCACUACCAUCAAAUGACUUGGAGAAUCCCCAUUGUGAGCUACCGAAUUGGUGCUUUCUCGUGCUAACGUCAUUACCGAUUGAAUAACCAAGGAUAUAGUUCAAAGCGUCUUUCUUACUGACAUUUUUUGCAGCACGUCCAAUUACAGCAAUAAAUUCGGCCUCAUAGUCGACUAAAUGCUCAUCUGAUGGUUGACAUACACGUGGUAUUGGUAUUGCGUCCCCCGGUCCAGCCAAGGCAGUUGAUGGUUUGUAGAACAAAAUAGGCUGAGUUGGAAUUUUGAGUUUGCACUCUUCAGCAUGGUCCCUGUAAUUUAAGCCAAGAAAGCGACUGGUAGGUACUUCAUCGAAACUAAGAGGUGAAAGCAGCUUUGAGACUGUCUUGAUAUCCCCGGUGCGGAGAGUAGCAGUGAGGGCAGAAUUAGUGUUGAGUAUGUCAGCUUGUAUGUUUUUAGAGAGGCCAACGUCGAUAUCGGCUGAAAGGGGUUCACCGAGAUAAAUACGACCGUCUUCUUUAGCGACGAAUCUUAUGAGUCUCUUCCAACA